AAGACCAAAACAAUCCAAUUAAACAACACCUAAGAAGAAGCCCGACCACUUUCUUAAACCCUGUACCAAAAAACAAACACCAAUUAACAAAAUCCCACGAAAUUAACAAUGUCCCUCUUGCAAUCUCUCUUGGAUCCUUCCACAGUUUUAAGCUCAGAUGCGGGUAACAUUACUCACAUGGAUUGGAAGGAAACCUCGAACUCCCACGUUUUCGAAAUUGAUCUUCCUGGCCUUACCAAAGAGGACGUGAAGCUUGAAGUGCAUGAAGGCAGAGUUCUUCAUGUUAGCGCAGAGAGAAAGGAUGAAGAGCCUCCUGAUCUGAAGGUUAAGGAGACAUGGCACUGCAGGGAGAGAACCAGUGGCAGCUUCUCAAGGCGUUUCCGGUUGCCUGAGAAUGCCAAGGUUGAUGAGAUCAAGGCUUCAAUGCGUGAUGGAGUAUUAAUCAUUACAGUGCCAAAGGAAGACUUGAAGAAAAAGCGUAAACACAAACGAGUUGAAAUCUCCGGGGAUGAAGAGCACGUUUCUAAAGGACUCGGUCGUUUCGUGUGCUGCAAAGCAUAGAAAAUAUAACACCGUGACCAUUUUGAGCAAUAUGAAUUAAAAUCUGUCUUUUUUUUUCUUUCUUUUUUCUGGUGUGAUUUGAUAGAAUGUGAUUUUCUUUUGCAAGUAUUUGUCUGUACGUUGUGAAUGUACGCGUGCUACUUGUAUUUGUGAAGGCCUUUUUUUUCAUUUUUUUUUCUUUUUCAUUUUCAGUAAUGUAUAGAGUAUAGAGUUCACCUUAAUUAAGUGUCAGACUGUAACAAGUAUGUUAUCUUGUCCUAUCCUGAUUGGAAUGUUUUCUAAUUGUAAAAUCAAAAUGAUUGAUUUUUUCAACAGGAUUCAGAAAUUCAACAUUAGUUAUCA